GCCGGAGAGCGGGCGGGGAAGGCAGCGGCAGGCGGCGCGCUGGCUGCUCCGGGCCGCGGAUCCCCCUGCUCCCCGGCGCCAAGCCCAAAGUUUGCGCGCAGCCCCGGGGUCCGGGGGUGACCCCCGCGCCCGCCCCGGCCGCGCCCAGGGUCGCGGGAGGCCACGCGGGGCGGCCGGGCGCGGCGCCACUGCAGCUUUGGAGCUGGCGGGAUGCAGAACCCCAGGAGGCAGCUGUGGGGAGUGGUGGCCCUGUGACUGGCAGCUUUCUGGCCCCUGAGCCCUCCAGUCAAGCCAGGUGGCCACCUGGACAGACAGAGCCCGUGCAAGCACCUGACAGGUGCAGCAGCACAGUCCAUGCGAUCUGAAGAAGGAAAGAAGGAACCAAUGGCUUUAGCUGGUGGCCCAGACUCCUUUUUGCAUCACCCUUACUAUCAGGAUCAGGUGGAGCAGACCUCGUCCCACAGGCCCCACGACCUGGCAGGAUCUGGCUUCCGAGCACAGUCUGAUCGUCUGGCCCAUCACCAAGAGGAUGACGUGGACCUGGAGGCGCUGGUGAACGACAUGAACACAUCCCUGGAGAGCCUGUACUCAGCCUGCCCCAUGCAGUCGGAGACAACACCCCUGCUCCAGAGCAGCUCGCAUACCCGCAGCCAGCAGCCCCCGGCAACCAGGCCCCAGCGCCAGCCUGCCGCCCCCAGGCAGAAGGUGCAGCGCUCCCAGCCCGUGCACAUCCUGGCCGUCAGGCGCCUGCAGGAAGAAGACCAGCAAUUUCGAACCUCAUCUCUGCCAGCCAUCCCCAACCCUUUCCCUGAGCUCUGUGGCCCUGAAAGCCCCCCUGUGCUCUCACAUGGCUCCCUCUCUCCUAGCCAGGCUGCUGCAAAGCAGGAUGUCAAAGUCUUCAGUGAAGACGGGACGAGCAAAGUGGUGGAGAUCCUGGCAGACAUGACAGCCCGGGACCUUUGCCAGCUGCUGGUGUACAGGAGCCACUGUGUGGAUGACAACAGCUGGACACUGGUGGAGCACCAUCCACACCUGGGACUGGAACGAUGCUUGGAGGACCAUGAGCUGGUGGCACAGGUGGACAGCACUAUGGCGAGCGAGAGUAAAUUCUUGUUCCGGAAGAAUUACGCAAAAUACGAGUUUUUCAAAAAUCCAAUGAAUUUCUUCCCAGAACAGAUGGUGACUUGGUGCCAGCAGGCCAAUGGCAGCCAGACCCAGCUUUUGCAGAAUUUUCUGAAUGCCAGCAGUUGUCCUGAAAUUCAAGGGUUUUUGCACGUGAAAGACCUGGGGAGGAAAUCGUGGAAAAAGCUGUACGUGUGUAUGAGGAGGUCCGGCCUUUAUUGCUCCACAAAGGGAGCUUCCAAGGAGCCCCGGCAUUUGCAGCUGCUCGCAGACCUGGAGGACAGCAGUGUCUUCUCCCUGAUUGCAGGCAGGAAGCAGUACGGUGCCCCCACAGACUUCGGCUUCUGCAUAAAGCCCAACAAAGUAAGCAGUGAUGCCAAAGAGAUGCGGCUGCUGUGUGCGGAGGAUGAGCACAGCCGGACGUGCUGGGUGACAGCUUUCAGGCUCCUCAAGUAUGGGAUGCUCCUCUACCAGAACUACAGGAUCCCACAGCAGAGGAAAGGCCUCCUCUCCCCCUUCAACACACCGGUGCGCAGUGUCUCUGAGAACUCCCUGGUGGCGAUGGACUUUUCUGGGCAGACGGGCCGAGUGAUUGAGAAUCCAGCAGAGGCUCAGUGUGCGGCCAUGGAAGAGGGACAUGCCUGGAGGAAGCGGAGUGCACGGAUGAAUGUCCUGGGCAGUCAAAGCCCCCUGCAUCCCUCCGCCCUCAGCACAGGGACACUGCUGCGCUCAGGGACCAAGGCCACCCAUCCUUCUCUCCCUCCCGCAGUGAUUCACAGGACACAGCACUGGUUUCACGGCAGGAUCUCCCGGGAAGAGUCGCACAGGCUCAUCAAGCAACAGGGGCUGGUGGAUGGGCUCUUCCUCCUCCGAGAUAGUCAGAGCAACCCAAAGGCAUUCGUCCUCACACUGUGUCAUCACCAGAAGAUUAAAAAUUUCCAGAUCUUACCUUGUGAGGAUGACGGACAGAUGUUCUUCAGCCUGGACGAUGGGAACACCAAAUUCUCUGACCUGAUCCAGCUUGUGGACUUUUACCAGCUCAACAAAGGCGUCCUGCCUUGCAAACUCAAGCACCAUUGCAUCCGCGUGGCCUUAUGACCUCAGAGUGACUCCUGGAUGACGACUGGAGGACGCUGACACUGGAAUGGAGACGAGGUCUGUGCGGGGGUGUGAGCGCCAGAAACUCCUCCUCCGCCUGUGGGGACUUGCGUGGGCCGGAGAUAUCCAGUGCCAACCAGCCAAGAUCUGACUAGUUUGUUGGACUCCACGAUGAUUUGCUGCUGCGAUCCACCGGGUCGUCCCCCUCUCGUGCUGGCCAGGAUGGGCGGGGGAGGGGGGAGUGUGGGGGGUGAGGGGCAUGACAGAGCCAGUGCAGAUUUGAAAAUGAACUGGAAUGAUCGUCUUGGCUGGGCCACAUAGGAACGAGAACCCAAGAGAAGUCAUCAGAAAUGGAACUCUUGCCCUGGAAUAAUCUUGACAAUUAAAACUAAGAUGUUUACUUUUUUUUAUUAUCUGUAUCAAUCACUUUUUUUUUUCUUUGCACUCCUUUGUUUUAACUCAUGUGUUCAGCCCAUGGUUGGAGAGAGGUUUUGGCUUUUGAGUGCAUCAGACAGAAAGACAGUUGGAACAGGUGGGCAGACUUCCCAGGCUGACUGUGCCCCCCCCACACACACACACCCCUCGCCAUGUUUCCAGGGGGGGUUCCCCACUUUCUACAGGUCACUAUAGGUGGAUUCAGCUUCCUGAUAACAAUGCCCCAGUCUUCCCUAGUAUACUUGAAGAAACUUCUUUUCCCAUGAAAGGUGGUGGGCAUUUGGCCUGUGGGUGGCGCCAUCAUGGCCUGCCAGUCACUUCUCUAUGCAGAGUUGUCCCCUCCUCUUGCCACUGGCAUGUCCUGUCCACUCCACAGUUUAGGAGACAUGAUGUCUUUGGAAAGAUCACUGUUCCACCAUGCAGCAGGGCUGGGUGACCAGGCUCUGGUCCUUGCAGGCUGACCUGAUUGACACCCACUUCCUCAGGCCACUGUCUGCCCGCCCCCAACCUCCUGGCAGCCUACCUUGUAUUGUCCCCCUGAUGUAUCCUUAGCUUGUUCUGAAAUGAUCACUCCCUUUCCUGGCUUCCUGCUUCCCUCGGACUAAAGAAUCUAAAAGGAAAGGGACUCACUUGUGGCAGGUCAGCUUCUGUGGUGAUGGAGAAGGAACUGUCAAAAUGGAUGCAUCUGCAGCCUGGUAAUAAUUGACCUUUUAUUUUUUGUUUGAUGACCUCUGUCCUGCUGAAAAACCCUAUAAGCCAGUGGCUGAGAGUUAACUACAAGCUCCUCUCAGCGUGCUGCCAAAUGGGGCUAAGUACCUCACAGCGGUGUGGACCUUGAAAUGCUGUAGCAACACAACCCUGCAUCCCACUCCAGGAGCUGAGUCCAAUGGGGGCCUGACUUGUCCCCCAGGCCCUUCCUCCCUGUCCCUAUAGCUGAGUGUCCAGACGUGAGAGUGGCCAGAUCUUUGGUUUUUGGCCUCUUAGGUAGAAAGGGCUCCCAAGUAGAGACACGGAAGGAUGACAGUGGCCAGGAAAGGAUUCUCUUUUCUGAGGUGGCAGUUGUGCUAUUGGGCCCUUGGUGGAGGUGUGCUCCUCACCUGAUGGCCUGGACUCCUCCCCCCACCCCCAUGGUCUCCAGGGGACAUACAUGUAGUUUAGGACAGUCCUAACAGAUCUUGGUAACACAUAUCCGCUUGUAAGUAAGUCUAUGACAUAGAGACACUGUGUUUUAGUUUACAGGCCAGACUAGUUGAUUUCCAUGAUAUAUCUACUUAAAACACAAAUGAAAAAAAUUUCAGUAAAAACUUUUUUUCCACCAAGAACAAAAAAAACAAACAAACAAAACUCUGUUUAAUUGUAUUUUCUUUCUUUCAUAGUUAGUGAAUCUUCCAAACUAUAGACCCUUAGGCCAGGGUCAAGCUCAUACCUGGCAUGAUGUGCUUCCACUAAAGUUCACUUUAGGAACAGAUACCGACACUGUUAAGACACACACACACACACACACACACACACACACACUCACAUGCCAACCUUUCCCCCCCUCUUCACUGGUUGGAAGUAAAACCUUAAAAAAAAAAAACUUAAAAAAAAAAACAAACUAUGAUUUCUUUUUUUUUCCUGUUUACAUAGACCAGUCUGCAGCAGUGCGAUGAGAUUGCGCCCUCUCUGGCAGACAGCUAGUACUGCAGUAUUUCCUAUUUAUGAAUAAGCAUUUUAUUUAAGAGGAGGACAGAAGCUUGACUCUGACUCACGGUUUUGUAUGUAGCUGGUUUGAUGUCGUCUUGUACCUUCCAACCUAAGUGAAUUUGUUGGAGAGUAAACUCCCCACAGCCCCCACUGCCACCCUGUACAGGGCAGGUGGGACUGAAUCACACCUGGAAACAGCCAGUCCCUCAAGGGUGCAGCAUCCAGCCCAGCCCACCGAGGGCUGACGGGCCUUCGACUUUUAUUUUUGUAUUUAAAUAACAUGAAUGUAAACGGGACAGCUCAGGGUCAUUUUGGAGCCUGUUGACUUUUUAUCUCUCUGCCUGUAAUUUUCUUUCCUAAAUGAAAACUCCACAUAGUCUGGACUAAAGUUGAGAAGGAAAAUGCCAAAUGCUUUGGGUAUUAUUAGAGUUUAAUAGGUGAGCUCUGUCCCCUUAGGGGUUAGAGUUCCAGAACUUUGUCAUUUGUUGGCUAAAUCUUGAAGAAAUAAUGUGCCUAAGUCGAGACGUUUUGUCUUCUAUUUUCUGCGCUCAACACCUGAUAACCGGUUUGCCCUGUCACAGUGCAACCCAGUGACCAUACAAACAUUUUUCAGGGGAACGCAGAAGGUAUGAACUUCAAAGACAAAACUUUUAUUCCAUGUGCUUUGCUUUAUUCUGUACAUAGCUCUUUGACUGGUGUACUUAAUUGUAAACUUUCAGGUAUUUUUGUACAAACAAGAGACUGAUGUUCUGUUUCUUGUCAUUAGAAAUAAACAUGAAUACAGUGUUCUUCAUUUUCUACUGCUUGUAAUGUCUGUUUAUAUCAUUGAAAACACCCCAGCUGGUCACCCAUUAAAAACUUUUUGGAAAUGA